AUCCCGGCGCAGCGGCGGAUGUGCAGCCCCGGGGGAGCCCCGCGGGAGCGCCCGGCCGGCGGAACAUCUUCAGACACUGAUUUGCAGAAGAUUCUGGAGCACAGAGGGGAAGCCGAGGGUCUUCAGAGCGUUGCUCCUCUUCUCUAAACUCAGCCAGUCAUCUUUCACCUUCUGGAUGUCCAAGCCUUUCACCUUACACCUCAAGCUUUACAUUUUCUGCCUGCUACGGGAUCAGCCUCUCCCUGUGGUGGGAUUUUAGGGAGCUGGGGAGCUGAACUCCCUCUCUGGCCAGCAUGGCAAAGGUGAGAGCUGUUUUAACUGUGUGCCACGUGGUGCUGGAAUUGUUACUGAAUUCAUUGACUGAGUCUUCCAUGCAGAGCAGUGAAUGUCCCCAGCUCUGUGUCUGUGAAAUCAGGCCCUGGUUCACACCACAGUCCACGUACAGGGAAGCCACGACGGUCGACUGCAACGACCUCCGGCUGACAAAGAUCCCCAGCAACCUCUCCAGCGACACCCAAGUCCUGCUGCUGCAGAGCAACAACAUUGCAAAGACCACGGACGAGCUGCAGCAGCUCUUUAAUUUAACAGAGUUGGAUUUUUCACAAAAUAACUUCACAAGCAUCAGAGAUGUGGGGCUCUCAAAUCUCACCCAGCUCACCACUUUGCACCUGGAGGAGAACCAGAUCACGGAGAUGACCGACUACUGCCUGCAGGACCUCUGCAACCUCCAGGAGCUCUACAUAAAUCACAACCAGAUCAGCAGCAUCUCUGCAAAUGCAUUCUCUGGCCUGAAGAACCUGCUGAGAUUGCACCUCAACUCCAACAAAUUAAAGGUCAUUGACAGCCGUUGGUUUGAUUCGACUCCCAACUUAGAGAUUCUCAUGAUUGGAGAAAACCCGGUGAUUGGAAUACUGGAUAUGAAUUUCAGGCCACUCUCAAAUUUAAGGAGUCUGGUUUUGGCAGGGAUGUACCUCACAGACAUUCCUGGCAAUGCCUUGGUAGGCUUGGAUAGUCUUGAAAGUCUUUCCUUCUAUGACAACAAAUUGGUAAAAGUUCCUCAGCUUGCACUUGAGAAAGUUCCGAAUUUAAAAUUCCUGGAUCUCAACAAAAACCCAAUUCAUAAAAUCCAAGAAGGGGAUUUUAAAAACAUGCUCAGGUUGAAAGAGCUCGGGAUCAACAACAUGGGCGAGCUGGUUUCUGUCGACAGGUACGCUCUGGACAACCUGCCUGAGCUCACAAAGCUGGAGGCCACCAACAACCCAAAGCUGUCCUACAUCCACCGCUCGGCGUUCCGCAACGUGCCCGCCCUGGAGAGCCUGAUGCUCAACAACAACGCCUUGAACGCAGUCUACCAAAAGACCGUGGAGUCCCUCCCAAACCUGCGAGAGAUCAGCAUCCACAGCAACCCCCUCCGCUGCGACUGCGUCAUCCACUGGAUCAACUCCAACAAAACCAACAUCCGCUUCAUGGAGCCCCUCUCCAUGUUCUGUGCCAUGCCCCCCGAGUACCGGGGCCAGCAGGUGAAGGAAGUGCUAAUACAGGAUUCCAACGAGCAGUGUCUUCCAAUGAUCUCCCACGAGACCUUCCCCAAUCACCUCAACCUGGACAUCGGCAUGACGGUGUUUUUGGAUUGUCGGGCCAUGGCGGAGCCGGAGCCAGAGAUUUACUGGGUCACCCCUCUGGGCAAUAAAGUCACCGUGGAAAGCCUCUCUGACAAAUACAAGCUGAGCAGUGAGGGCACCUUGGAAAUCUCCAACAUCCAGGUGGAAGACUCCGGGAGAUACACCUGUGUCGCUCAGAACAUAGAAGGGGCUGACACCAGGGUCGCCACCAUCCGCGUGAACGGGACGCUCCUGGACGGCACCCAGGUCCUGAAAAUCUACGUCAAGCAAGCCGAGUCACAUUCCAUCCUGGUCUCCUGGAAGGUCAAUUCCAACGUCAUGACCUCCAACCUGAAAUGGUCGUCGGCCACCAUGAAGAUCGACAACCCCCACAUCACGUACACCGCCAGGGUCCCGGUGGAUGUCCACGAGUACAACCUCACGCACCUCCAGCCCUCCACGGACUACGAGGUGUGCCUGACGGUGUCCAACAUCCACCAGCAGACGCAGAGGUCGUGCGUCAACGUCACGACGAAGAACGCGGCCUUCGCGCUGGACAUCUCCGACCAGGAGACCAGCACGGCCCUGGCGGCGGUGAUGGGCUCCAUGUUCGCCGUCAUCAGCCUCGCCUCCGUCUCCGUUUAUAUUGCAAAAAGGUUCAAGAGAAAAAACUACCACCACUCACUGAAAAAAUAUAUGCAAAAGACCUCCUCGAUCCCCCUGAACGAGCUCUACCCUCCCCUUAUUAACCUCUGGGAAGGGGACAGCGAAAAGGACAAGGACGGCUCUGCGGAGACCAAGCCCACCCAGGUGGACACAUCCAGAAGCUAUUACAUGUGGUAACUCAGAGGAUAUUUUGCUUCUGGUAGUAAGGAGCACAAAGACUUUUUUGCUUUAUUCUGCAAAAACCACGAGUCGAAGACUUUUGUAUUUUUGCCUUUGCUGGGGCGUGGCAGAGC